CUUGCACGGCCGCGCACGCCCCGCCAUGGCCCGUUUCGAGAUGGCAGCCCCGCCGGCGGCGCCAGCCUCAGCGCCUGCCGGCGAUGACCUCGUCACUGGGCGCGCGCGCCGCUCCACCGCUGGAAACCGCAUGCGCGAGCUGCUGGAGCAGGAGAUGGAGAAGGACGAGGUGUUCGAGGAGGUGGAGAACGACAUCGACUUCCAGGAGCAGAAGGACGAGGAGGACGUCGUGGACUCGGACUUCGAUCGCUCGAGCGCUGACGGCGAAGGUGCCGACGAGGGCGACGAGUCGGCGGGCGAGCGCGAGCUUGAGGCACAGGAGAAGGCCAGUCGCAAGGCAUCACGCACAAAGGCACUGCCAGCGCACAUGCGGCCCAUCGUCAGACGUGGGCCUGCACCCAAGUCGGCUCUGUCUGUGCAUGACGACGCCGGCCAGAACGAGGCGGAAGGCUCCACGAGCGCACAGCGCGCCGAGGGUGCCGCCGCACGCAGCGCCAAGCGCAUCUCCUUUGCGCCGACGCCGCGGACCAGCGGCGAGGGCACUGCGAGCGGCAGCGCGCGCAAGCGCUCCAGCUCGCGGCGCUCGACGGUGCAGUCUGCGGCUGAGGUGGCUGAGCGGCUGCGCGCAGAUGAGGAGCGGCGAGCAACGCAGGCACCUCGUGCUGCACCGCCGAAGCGGCCACGCCUGACGCAGGACCGCCUGAUUGCAGAGGCACUCGAGACGGAAGAGGCGAAUCGCGAGAGUCUACGCAUCUUCCUGGACCGAGAAGAAGAGCGCAAGGCGCGCGACCGCAAGAGCAAGCCGGCGGGCAUCGAGGGUCCUUUCGUCCGUUGGCAUUCUAUCACCACGGGCGGUGACGAGGGCGAGCGCACGUCGCUCGUGAAGCUCAUCGAGGACGAGCAGGCGGGCAUUCUGCCAUCUACAGGCGUGGCCAGCGCACUGCAGGACCCCGUGCACGCCGAUCGGCUGGCUGCUCGUGCCGGCGCCAACACUUCUGCAGCGCCGACUCCGACGCUGCAGUCUCCGCAGCUCGGCAGCGAACCCAGCGGCUCUGCACCUCGCAAGACGCCCACGCUUGCGCCGCCGGGAACAGGCAGCAGCGGCACGCCACAGACGUCUCCGCCUCUCUCGCGCGUCAAGCAGUCCCGCACGCUGCUCUCGCUGCGCGGCCUGCCGCCGGACACGACGUGGGUGGAUGAAUUCUCCCUCCUGCUAGGCUCGCACUGCGCCUGGGAUGCCGUGCCCAUCGUAGCUGCACGCAACCGGCCACUGCGACCGCGGCAGAGCACCUGCGCCCUGACGGGCCUGCCGGCCGUGUAUCGCGAUCCACGCAGCGGCGUGCCGUUCGCCAGUGCAGAGGCGUACAGCCUGCUCACGGAGCUGCUCGAGCACCGCUUCCUCUGGACCGGCACGACUGCCUCGCCCAACCCGGCGCCGGGAACUGCAGCCGUCGAGGCAUACCGCAUGGGCUGCUACGCGGCGCAUGUCGACGACGAAGGCGCGUGCGGUGUGCUCGCCGCUGCUCGCGCAGAGCUCGCUCCGCCGCCGGCGCCAGAGCCGGAGCCCGCAGCAGCAGCCGCGGCACCCGAGCUCGCUGCAUCUGCAUCGGCGCCGCUGAUGAAGGGCAAGAAGGCCAUCGCGCCGGGCGACGAGGAGGCCAUCAUUGCUGCUGCUCAAGCGCUGCCCAGCGGCACGACGCGCUCGGGCGGACGCAGGAGCACGGGCGGCCCGGCUGCGGCGGGCACGCCAGCUCGCAAGUAGAGGCGUGCGCUCUCCAUUGUAAUCUAGGCAUGACUUGCG